AACAGCCUGCAUACUUCUGGACUGACGCCUACAAACUCUUGAGAAAAAUAAGACAGCAGUAUCUGGUUAGUCUUCACCAUACCUACAUGCCAAAUAGGUCUCGAAACGCUUUCUAUGGACUCGAGAUUGUUUAGAAGAAUGAUGAUGGCUAUUAUGCCCUUUUGACAUGGCGAGUGUAAUUGUGCCGGGUGCUGAACCAGCAGGAGCUUCUCUCUCCUCGAAAUAACCCGAGAUGUUUCAUCAUGGCCCUCUGAGAUAUCACCCAGGAGCCACUUUACACCACUGGCACUGCAUCCCAAAUGCCCUCCUUCUAGAUACAAAGGGCACUAACUAGAUUACUAGAUUAGACAAUUUUCUACACUGCUUUGGUGUCAUUUGGAAUGAAUAAUCUCAAAGACAGGAUCGAAUGAUGAACAGCAAGCAGGCAAAGAGUUUCAUGGAUCCCCUACCUCAAAGCAAGAGAGCAAGACUAGAGGGUAUCAUGGGGACUGUGAGCAAAGCCGACAGUUUGCCUCAGUACUCUCAAGACAAGUCUUUACCCUACAGACAUACCUAUAUGUCAUGUGGACAAGAGACAUUAGAUCUUCCCUCACCAUGGAGUCCCUCUAGGAUUUUUGUAAGAACUGGAGGGAGUCCUGUGGUUUCAGCUACAGAGGGGUCAAUUAGCAAUCCAAUCAUUUAUAGGCCUGAAAACAUAAAUUUCCCUGAGGACAAAGGAUCCCCCACUGGAUCCGAGGUGGUAGUGAAGCAAAAGCUUGCCUAUGAUACUAGAAGUCUGAGUAAGCAGAGCCCUAAUAGUGCAGGAUUAAUGUCCCCUGUUCCUUUUAGGAAAAUCCCUUUAGGUUGCACAAGUUUAUCACCUUCACCAUCAGAAAAACCUAGUGGACUUGCUAUUCCAAAACCAGUAUAUGCACAUAGUCCUUGCUGUGCUGGCCAAAAGUACACAGUAGGUCACAGCUAUACUAUGGACCGAGGACUGCAGAGGAUGCCCCGACAAAUGUUUGAGGAUGAUCAGAUGACAUAUUAUGGUCACUGGGAAUGCAUGCAUAAAAAGGAGUCAGAAGCUUUGAUGCAGCAUAGAUUAUUGCCAUAUGAGCAAUGUGGAAGGAAGGUACCAUUAAAAGAUGUAACCACAGAAGGCUACCAUGGUCUUAGCCAAAGCAAACCUCAAAGUGUUUCUGCUUUUUCUGAUCCAUGCCAUGGCUAUUUGUAUAACCAUGUUCACCCGUUUGUCGCCUCUUCACCAGAUCACUGCCAACGUUUCCAGAUGCCUAGACAGGCACAUAAGGAUAUGGCUCCUAUGUAUGAGACAGUGCCUGGGAUGCAGUAUGGUACACACAUGCAGAUUUAUCAAGACUGUCCACUUACAUCUAAGUAUAGAGAUAUACCUCAACAUUCUGUGGUUUACAGAACUGAGAAUUUUCAGCAAACAUCUGGCCAGCACCCUGUCCUUCAACCUUUCUUUAGAGAUUUCAGGCAGCAAUACCCUUUGGUCUCUCCAGACCACCCAGUUGUCAGGAACGUAGCUGCAUAUCCUGCCUGUAGAACACACUUAAAUACUAAACACACAAACCCGUUUAGUAAGAGAGCUUUUUGUCCUCCUGUCAUGCAGCAAGUAGAACAACCUCUGGACUUUUCCAUGCGGCAAGAAAAGAAUGCUGAGUCCAACCAGGAACAACCUCCUCAAGGACAGCUUGGAGUUAAAGGGACUUUCCAUCAAACUGACUCUCAAGCCCACUAUAUGGUUUCAAAUAAAAAUUCACCCCUGGAGAGUCCAUGUCAGGGACAAUAUAAUUGUCCACUUAAAAGUCACAGUUAUACAAACUCUUCUACAUGCACUGCUGAUAUAUUCAGUAAAAAGCAGAGUUUAGGUUUUUCAGACAAAGCAAGUAAUGUUGCUGUUGUAUCUAAAAAGCACCGGGUGGAAACUGAGAAAAGCUGUGAAAAUGAUUCUUUGGUUAAACAUCAAACAACACAGCAGCUGAAAGCUUAUGAGACUAAGCCCCAUUCCUCCCCCCCAAUGCCAGUAAUUAACAAAGUUUUUAGUCUGGCCCCUUACAAAGCCUACUUAGAAGGUACAGGUUUAUUAUCACCUGCACAAGAUCCCAGCUGUCCAAAUCUGCUUCCUAACUCGAAGCCUCAAAUAGAUGAAAGAGAAGCACAAAACUCAGAUCCACAAACAAAUAUAGACAAAUAUGUUAAAUUGGAAAUCAAAACUGAGAAAAUAGAGCCUGAUGAAAGGGUUUGUCAGUCAGAAAGAGAGAGUCAGAGUCCUGCGAUUAGUCAAAACAAUCACAAUGUAAAUGUUAAAGAAGAACAAGACAAUUCAGAAUCAACAGAGGAUGAUCCCAAACACAAAAUCGUUAUGAAGAGUGGACUUUGUUCAUGUUCUGAAAUGUCAGAACACCACCUUGAAUGCACUACUGCAUGUAGUGUGAUGGAUGGAGUUGCUGUGCAAAACAGUGACACAAAACAAUUAGAUUUUACAGCUUCUUUAUCUACCAAACCCCUAAUUCAAACUAAGGAUACAUUUUCCCUCAACAAAAUCCCUCCUCAUUGCCUUAAAUUGACCAGCUUUAAAAUAGUUUUGCCUGAACUCUUCAAAACUCCAAUGUCUCCAGUCCCUGACACACUUCGACCUUCUGUUGAGAAUAAAGUAGCCAUAAGCAGUAGACAAGCCCGGUAUCAGUUCAUGGAGCUUCACCAGUCACUCUGCAGACUUGUCUCAGGAUGCAUUUCUCAAACCUCACAUUGUGAGCUCAGGAACUGGCUAUCCAGUUUGGACCUGGAUGAGUCAAUUCCUCUUCAAGCUAAAACCCAAAAGGUCUCAUGCCUUCUGGGCUCUAAAGCUAGGGAGAUGUGGAUGAAAGAAGAAGAAAUGUUGAGAGCACUCCAUAAAGUUCUUUACCAACUUGAGAACUAUGUCCAAAUUCAAGAGUGCCCCUUUCCUCAUGUCAUCAGAGCAGGGGCCGUGUUCAUCCCCAUGCUGGUGGUAAAGGAGGUGCUAUUCCCUCAUGUCCAGGGUACAUUCAUAGACCAGGUUUUACAAGAGCAUCGAGUUGAGCUGCGGCCAACCACGCUGUCAGAGGAGAGACAGCUGACUCAGCUCCACAAGCGUGCUUUUUCUUCUAAGUUAAGGAGGCUCCUGUCCCUUAAACACCUGCCAGAUAUCUAUCCAGAUUUCCUCAACCUCCUCUACUAUGCUGGAGUCUGCAAAUUCAUCGAUUCUACUCCUACAGAUGAUGCACAGAAGAAGUGAACUCCACUUUGAAAAAGGAAUGUGUGCAAUUCUCAGAUGAAGCUGAAAGUACUUUUAACGAGUUUGAGGUGCACUGCGUAUCACCAAGGCCACACACAGCAGACGCCACCACAUGCCUGGAGAAUGUGAAGCAAGCUUCUUUUCAAAAAAGCCUUAGGAGCAAAGGGAGGGUAAAGUUUGCCUGCAAAAGAAGGUUUUUAGAAGACAACACUUCCUCAGAAGAGGAUGGACCUGCUGAGGAAUCUGAAAGCUGGACAUUCACUGACUGUUUGGGGGUAGAAGGGUGGGGAAACAUCCCAGAAUCCUGCACUGGUGUAGAGGCUCACACUGAGGUGAAGAUCGAGUCAGACAUUGAGCAAGAGCCUGAGAAUUCCUGGGGACGACCCUUGACCUCUGACGACCUCUCAUCAGAGAGCACUGACGUGGAUACAGAGAUGUCCUCAUUGUCUUCGUAUGCAAGCCAUGCUCCCGGUAGCAUUAUGAAGCGCUCGGACAUGGUAUUAAAGCUCAGGAAAGUUUAUUACACCAAAGGCCAACGUGGCCAAGUAUCCCACUACCAGAGAGUCCCAGACCAGUCUGAGGUCCAGAGAGGGAGACACAGAAAAAAGAAACGUAGAAGCUCAGAGUCUAGUUUGCGACACCAAGUGAGAAAGUUCUCCUCAAGAUCACAGCACUGCCCCCAUCUCUCUGCUCCACAUACUUCAGAGCACAGGAGGAGGUGGGUACUCCGCUCGGCAGCACAGAACACCACCCAGACCACAAGGAACCGCUACCCGGAUCUUGUGGGCAAAAGGAUCCGUCAUCUGUAUGAAGAAAAUGAUAAGACAGAAGUGUGGUACAAGGGUGUAGUGCUGCGUAUCCACGAGUCCCAUCCCAACCCGCUGAAGACAGUCUUUGAGGUCAAGUAUGACAGCGAGCCAGAGUGGCAGUACUACCUGGAGCUGCUAGUGGACUACAAGAAAGGAUGGCUACAACUUGAGGACUGAAUCAGUUUUUUUUUUUUAAUGAUUUUUAAAAUAUGAACUUUUCGCUACAUCUUUUUUUAAUAUAUUUUUUUAAUCAUGCUUUUUAAUUCUGACAGUAGGUUAUAUUUAUGAAGAGUAAAGUCUGCUUAAACAGCUGCUGUACCAGGUUUGGUUAGAGAUGUUUGAUACCAAACCUAAACAAUUUAAGUGCACCAAAGGAUUUGUUUACUAUUUUCUGUCUGUUUUAUGGUGUUUAAAUCAGUUGUAACAGUCUAAAGUGCCUUUUAAAUUUAUAAAAUGUUCUAUGAAGAUAUUUGAUGGAACAAGAGAUUAAAGUAUAAGUAGAAUUGUA